AUGAAGUUCACGCUCUCCGAAUGGAUAAUAUUGGCCGUGGUCGGGUCCGUGCACUUUUGUUGCGCCAUUUGUAUAUCGUUGCAGGCGCCUUUCUACCCCGAAGAAGCGGAGAAAAAAGGAUGUACAGCUACAGAAUACGGCUUCGUUUUCGGCAGUUUCGAAUUGGUGGCAUUCAUUACGUCUCCAGUUUUUGGAAGCCUGAUACAAAAGGUUGGGCUGAAAUAUAUGUUGGUGAUUGGCAUCGUAUUGAACGCUCUGUCGACCAUAGCUUUCGGAUAUUUGACGUACAUCGAUGAAAGAAACAUGUUCUUGCUGUUAUCGCUGUGCCUUAGGGUGUUGGAGUCUUUGGGAGCUACAGGAGCUAUGGUAGCCGCGUUCUCGCUGACGGCUGUCUCUUUUCCCGAAUCGGUUGCCAGCACUUUCUCCGCUCUUGAAGUAUGUUACGGAAUGGGAUAUAUCGUCGGACCAACUCUCGGCGCUUUGCUGUUCGAGGUUGGUGGAUUUUCACUGCCGUUUGUGGUCAUGGGCUUCAUCACACUUGGAACGUCGUUCCUGGUGUGCAUUUUAAUGAAACAAGACGUGCCCAGUCCGAACAAGGCUAAAACAAAAGUAACACACCUCAUGAGCGUCCCUACAGUACUCGUUAAUUCUAUCGCAACAGUGAUAACAGCCACAGCCAUGGGAUACUAUUCAGCCACGUUGGAGCCACACAUUCGCGGGUUUGGACUUUCAUCGGUAGACGUUGGGUUCGUGUUCAUCAUCAGCGGUGGAACGUACGCACUGAUAGCGCCCGUCGUCGGAUACAUUUGCGACACCGGAUUGAAUCCCAAAAAAAUUAUGAUCAUCGGCACAAUCCUGACCGUCGUCAGCUACUCAAUAGUCGGGCCGGCGCCGUUCAUGCCGAUAGAAAAAUCCAUGCUGUGGGUGGUCAUUGGAUUGGUCAUACAAGGAAUCGCGUUGGGCAUGAUCUGCGUACCCACUUUCGUAGAUUCCAUGACCGCUGCCUUGCAAAGCGGUUUUCCAAACGACAUACACACUUACGGACUGUUGUCCGGUAUCUGGUCAUCGUCGUUCGCCCUAGGUGCAUUUUUGGGCCCGUCGAUAGCUGGCGUUCUCUACGACUUGGUCGGGUUUGAAAACGGAACGUACUUUGAGAUUUCGUUGCACGUCGUAUUGGGUGUCACGCUGACGUUUUUCGUGUGCCUGGAACAGCGGCCUUCCGACAAGUUCGUGGUGAACGGCAUGAGCGACUCGACCGUCGGGUUCGCGGGCAGAGCGGACGCGGUCGACCCGACCAGCGCGGCGCCGGUGCCGGGUGCCGCCAUGAGGUCUCCCAUCUACACCAUCAACGGACACCACUCGUUCCGGUCCAGCCACCGGUUCGGUUCGACUUACGGAAGUUUCAGCAACUCUUGCCUGGGCACGUCACUGUCGUCGAUGCGCAUCAGCAGCGAGGCCAGGACCGAAGCCCGGGGCAGCCCGCUGGCCGUCGAGUCCCGGAUCUAG